AAUGUCUCUGUAGUCUUGUUUGUUUUUUUUUGUAUUAUCUUGUUUGUUUUGGAAAAGAGAGAAUUUUAAUCAAUCUAUAGAGAAAAGUGGAGAACACACCAUGGCAAAGGCUUUGAAUGACGAUCCCGUAUAUGUUGCAGUAAGCCAAGACGUUGGUGAAAGUAGAUCGACUUUGCUAUGGGCAUUGAGUACUCUCCGAGUCAAAAAGCUCCACCUUCUUCACGUUCACCACCUGAUUUCCAUGACCCCUUCAUCAAGUGGGCUGGAACAAAGUGAGAUCGAUGCAAUCCAGGAGUCCGAACAGACAAGUAUAAAUGAGAGCCUUCUCAAGUACCAUGAUAUCUGCAUAGAUGAAGGAGUUAUUGAACAAGAUGUGGAAAUGUCAUAUUUUUCAGCAAAUAAUGUGGGGGAAUGGAUAGUGGAACUUAUCUAUCAAAACAAUAUUAAGAAGCUUAUCAUGGGAGCAACCGCUGAUUCCCAUUACUCUGAGGGCAUGGUUCAAAUCACAUCUACGAAUACUGAGUAUGUGAUUCGACACGCACCUCAUUGCUGUAAAAUAUGGCUUGUAUGUAAUGGCAACCUCAUCCAAACGAGGGAAGGAAGGUUUGAGCUUGCGGGAUCAUCGUACUACUCCUACUCUGAAUCCUCAAGCAGCAUUCAUAGCCUUGAUACUGAUAUGUUACCAUAUGGGGGCACAAGAAGAGCUGAACGUGUCACUGAGCCACAUCCCUUUUCCUCAUCUGAAGAACGAUCGGCUAGUGGGUUUGAGACGACGUAUUACGAGGAGCAGAGACGGAGAUUAGAAAUUGAAGAACUAAAGAGAGAAAAGGAGCAACGCGAUAAGAUGAGGAAUGAAAGGGAGGGGGCUCUCUCAAAUUCUUUUGGUGUCACUCAGAUAUUGUACAAUGAAGAAGUAAUCCGUAGAAGAGAAGCGGAGGCGGAACUAAACAGAGCGAAAGAUGAAAUUGAAGAUAUGAAAAGGGUCCAAAAAGAACACGAAGAACAGCAUUAUACUGACUGUCGUCUGUUAGAAUUGAUCCAGAAAGAGCGAGACGAAGCUAUCAAGACAACUGAAGAGCUUUUGAUACAUCUAAACCUGGAGAACGCCGUAUCAUCACUUUCACCAUCAUCCCCGUUGCAGUGGUCUCUUUCCGACGAGCCUCCCCAAUGCUUCCUCUGUCCCAUUUCAAAGGAGAUUAUGCGUAAUCCUCAUGUUGCAGCCGAUGGUCACACCUACGAAGUAGAGGAGUUCAGAAGGUGGCUCCGUCACGGAGGUGAAAAAUCACCAAUGACAAACCUUAGGCUCGAGAAUGACAAUCUCACCCCGAAUCUUGUUCUUCGUUCAGCUAUUAGAGACUGGUUGCAACAGCAUCCAUAUAUCGAUGAGUCGUCUUAGGAUGUAUAUGAUGUUGACCGUAUUGUGAUUCAUUGAAUGUGUUUAUGAAAAAGUAAAUAAAAAUGUCUUUUAUUCA